AUGGAGACGGUAUCAUUAGUACCGUUGGAAGGUCUUGAUGAUUUAAGUGCACAAUCAGCAGCAAUCAAAAAGAUUGAACAAAAUUUCUCAAAUAUAGAUAGUUUAGCAUCAGUAACAAAUCAUAAAAUAUCAUUAAUUCAACAAAAGAAAACAAUAGAAGCUCAAAUUAAAAAUGAAGUACAUUCAGAAUUAGAAAAAUCAAAAAAAGGUUUAGAAACAUUAUAUAAAUCAUAUAAUAGAAUUAAUAGAAUGGAUGAAUCAUUUUCAGAUACAGUUGAAUUAUGUAGUGAAACAUCGAAUUUGAUUGGACAUUAUCAAUUAAUUAAAAAAGUGAAUACGGUUAGAGUGAAUUUAAUUAAUAUUUUAAAAGAAGUUGAUAGAUUAUUAACAAUACCAGAGAAAGCAGCAGAGAUUGAGCAAUUGUUAAGCGAUGAUUUAAAUCUCUUAGAGAUUCAUAGUAAACUUAGAGAAUUGGAAAGAUUACAUCAAAAAGCAUUGAAACAAUUUGAAUCCAAUUUCGAAGAAUUAGAAGCUAUCAAAGAGAUGUUUUCAUCAGUACCUGAAUUAAGUCACAGAUUUGAAAAUAAAAUUUGGAAUAUCGUUAGUAAUUCAAUCGAUAUCGCUCAAAUCAAACCUGCAGUAUUAGUAAAAGUUGCUCAAAUUAUUGAACGUGAAAAAUUACAUGAACAAAAACAAAAAGAAAAGAAAUCUCAAAAUUCUUUAAUUUCAAGUGAAGGUAUACAUGAUGAUGAUGAUGAUGAUGAUGAUACUGAGGUUAAUUUAAAUAAUUCAAAUAAACAACAAAAUAAUGAAAAUGAAAAUAGUAGUAGUAAUAAUAAUAAUAAUUAUGAUAUUAAUAAUGAAGAUGAGGGAUAUGAUAGAAAUCGUAGUAAUUAUGGUGAUAGAUUUUUAGAAGUUUUAAUUCAAUCGAUUUCAGGUAAAUUUGAACCAAUGUUUUUAAAUUCACAUAAUGAUUUAGUUCAAACAUUAAAAGAUGUAAAUAAAAUGGUUGAUGAGUUGUUUAUAGUUAUGGAUAUUGUCCAAGAGUGUUACCCACCUUCAUAUGAUUUAUUCAAUUUUUAUGUUGAUCAAUAUCAUACUAAAUUUUAUUCAUUAUUUGGUAGUUUUUCAAAUUUAAUGGAAUCAUCACAUGUGAAUAAUAAUUAUCAAGUGGUUGUAACAAAGAAUAUACCAUCUGCACAUAUUUUAAUGUUGGUUGAAUGGGUUGUAAAGAAUUAUAGUAGAGAUUUGUCACGUUUGGGUAUUCAGGAUAUUUCACCACCAUUAUUGGAUUCAUUAGAUCCGUUAAUUAAAAUUUAUAAAAUGCAUAUCAAACAAUUGAUGAGAGAAUGGUGUGAUAAUAUCAUAAAUAAUGAUAACCAAAAUAAACCAGAGGUUGUGGAUGGCCAAUAUUGCUCAUUGGCACCCAUUCAAUUAUUCGAGUCGGUCGCAUCACAAUUGGAUAUUGCUGCCGCUACAAAGUGCCAGAAAUUGGUGGUGGGUGUGAUGGAGGAGGUUGUGUCGGCUUUAAUGUAUUUCCAAGUCCAAUCAAUCACUUUAUUACAAGAACGUAAUCAUGAGAUUAAAUUGGAGAAUGUGAUAGCCUAUGUAAAUAAUAACAGUAAAUGCUAUGACCAUACCCAAACGAUCGUUGAUAAAGUUUCAAAUAUUUUAGAUUCUGAACAUAUGGGUUAUUUAGAUUUCGAUCCUGUACUAGAGGGUUUUUUAAAUGUUUCAAAAGUUGCAACUCAAGCAAUCUCUUCUGUGAUCUUUCGUGAUCUUGAUGAAUGUAUUCAUAAAUUUUAUACAGUUGAAUGGUAUCAAGAGGAUUUAAUGCAACCAAUCAUUAAUACAUUUGAAGAUUAUGUUACAAAUGAUAUUCAAAAAUAUAUUUUAGAAAAUUAUUUAAAAAGAUUAGCUUUAUUAUUAUUAGAUACAUUAAUUGAACAAUUAUUAGCUCAAUUAAUUGGUGGUAAAAAUAAAUUUAAUGAAAAUACUUAUAAAAUAUUAAGUAAUGAUUGUGAUAAAUUAUUAGAUUUCUUUAAAAAAUAUCUUAGAUUAUCAGUUGUAACAGCAAAAGUUCAAAUUUUGGAAGAUUUUAAACAAAUGAUUACUUCUUCAAUUGAUAUGGUACCAGUUUAUUUCCGUUCUGUAAUUAAUUUCCAUAAAGAUAUAAAUGAAAGAGUGGUUGAAUUAGUACUCUAUCAAAGAACUGAUAUUAGUAAAUCUGAAAUCACUGAAGUUUUAGGCCAAAUUAAAACAAUCGUUGAAACUGUUCAUACUGAUCCCACCAAUCCUCCAACUGGUAUAUUCUCUCGUAUGAAUAUUUACCAACGUGGUUGGUUUAGUUAA